AUGCUCCUCAAACACAUCCUCACCCUCUUCUCUCUCUCAUCCCCCAUUCUCGCAAUCUCCUCCCCUGCUUCCUACCCCAACACCACCACCCCCUCCUUCCAAACUCCAAACCUCACUUUUUCCGAACUCUACAACCUCACAAAUCGCUUCCUCACCAACCACAUGUACCCCCUCAACAUAGCCCAAUCCCUCUCCAUAAACUCUUCCCUCUUGUCCUCAGACAUCCUAGGCCGCGUAGACGCAACUCGCGACUACGCAGGUCGCGAGUUAAACACCGAAUACCUGUUCGGUCUUUUCGCCAAUAUCGCUUUAAAUCCUGAUGCUUUUACAUUGCUCGGGUAUCCUGUAAACUACACAUUUACACGCUUCCUAGGGAGUGGGAAUGUAGUUAGCUUUGCAGCUGUGGUGGAGUACAUGUUGCCAGUUACAAAAACAACCAUACCUCAAGAAUUGGAUUUUUGGGUCACGUAUAAUGAGAAAGGAGAGAUUUCGCAAUAUGAUGGCAAUUUCCGCUACCUCGAAUGGCAACUCAACAGCACGAUCUCGUCCAUCUCAGCACAUCUAAACCUCUCUGCCUCUGUGGACAUAACAUCCCUACUCCAUCAAAAACUAGCCCAAAGCAUUUGUACCACAGCAACGACCUUUUGCAAUGGGACAAACCUGCAGUAUCCAAACCAAACAGCUUGUGAAGAUUACCUCAUCAACAAGACAAGGUUUGGAGAGGGUUGGGAGUGGGGGAUGGAUACCGUGUCUUGUAGGAUGAUCCAUCAAAACAUGGUACCCCUUCGUCCAGAAGUUCAUUGCCCGCAUAUUGGUCCGACAGGUGGAGGUAUGUGUGCAGAUGACCGCACAUACAUUGGCAACCUCGAGGAAAACUAUUUUGUAAAUUCGCCUUUUCUGGCUCCUGGGCUUGCGGGUGGUUCGUUUACUUGA